UGCUCAGAAAGAGGCUUUCUGACACUGACUGCAGAGCUAAUAAUAUAUAAUGAUAAGAGAGAGAGGGGGGAUGGGGGUUACACUGAGCUGGUGACAAGGGUAUAAAAGAGCCAGGACGAAAAGAAGACAAAAGCGCCAACUUAUCCAGAAACCAGACCCGCAAACAUACAGAAUGUCUCAGUCAGAGGUUAAGAAGAAGAAGAGGCCAGUUGUAAAGGAAGAGGACCUGAAGGGAGCCCGCAGUAAACUGGGGCUGAAGGGAGAGGUCAAGAGCAAAACAUACGAGGUCAUGGUGGAAUGUGAACGCAUGGGGAAGGUGGCGCCAUCUGUUUUCAGUGGAGUACGAUCUGGAAGCGAGACAGUGCUUGAGAAACCCAAUCCUCCAUCAGGAAGCGUGUUUGGCAAAUGAGUGCAGAAUGGACAAAUGGACUCUGGGUUUUAAAUGUAUGUCCAUGGGCACACAGAGUACUCUUUUGGCAUCCACAUCAUCAAUUAAUCAACUGUAAUUUGGAUAAUUAUGUUGCAUAUUUGUAAGUAUUAGUGUAUGUUUUUUAUACUGCUAAACAUGUUGCACUUAAAAACAAAACAAAACAAAAAACACUUGUUUCUAGUGUCAUGUUUUCUAUAUUAAAAAAAUGCUAAAAGUGUCUGAGUCACAGGGGCGGUCCUAGACCACAGUAACUAGAACCACGGGGGGAGGGCAGACAGGGGCCACUUGUGCUUUUAGGGGCACAAUUUUCAAAUUCAUCUUAGCCUACUUUAAGUAUUAUUCAUUCAAUCAUUUUUCACCAUGUCAUGUAUCACUGCAAUCUCUAGAAGUAAUCUAUAACAAUUCCAACUAAAUUAAAUAUUUCAUCAUGUUUCAUUUAUUUGCCAAAUAAUUUAUUAUUGUA